AUGGGCGAGCACCAUGGGCACGCCAUAUUGCUAGCGAGCUCAAAGAAGAUGAUGACGACAUGUCGACGGCGGCGCGGAGGAGAACGCGACGCCGGCGUGAAGGGGGACGCGGAGGAGGAGCGCCGACUACAGCCCGUCGCUGGCGGCGGCGCGAGCGCCACAGUGCGGCGGAGCGGCCGCUGCUGCCAGGAGGGGGUGCGGACGAGGCGGAUCUACGCCGCGGCGGCGCGCAGCAGCCGGGGCGGCGAUGGAUUCGACCGGUGGUGGCUGGAUUUCGCGCCGGCGGUCGACACGGUCGGGGGCCGGAAACCAGCUGCCCCCCAACCUCACCCGCCCCGCGCAACCCGCCGCCGCCGCCCCCUCACCGGCCGCCUCACCGCCGCCACCUGCCGCCGCCGCGAUUCCGCUGCCGCCGCCACCACCCGGCCGCCACCUGCCGCCACCACCCCGCCGCCACCCGCCCCCGCGCUGCUGCCGCCCCUCACCGGCCGCCUCACCGCCACCACCACCCCGCCGCAGCGAGAGCUGCCUCCGCCCCCAGCGCCGUCGAGCCGCCCCCCGCGCCGCAGAGCUGCUCCGCCCCAGCGCCGCCGAGCCGCCCCCGCGCCACCACCUGCCUCCGUGCCGCCCCCGCAGCAGCCGAGCCCGCCGCCUCGCAGCAGCCCGGUCGGCCCCGCAGCAGCCCGGCCGCCGCAGCAGCUCGCCGCCUCACCUGCCCGUCGCCCACAUGCUUUUUAG